AUGGAUAAGUUCACUGCAUCUGAGGUGAUUCGUAGUCUUGGACUGGAGACAAGCAGAGAGCAUGAUGAGAUGGUCCAGCAAGAAAGAGAUAGAGCAGAUUCAGUAAGACCGAAGAAAAUACAACGGAGUCGGACACCUCCUCCACAGCGAACAUCCGUUCAACAAAGACAGAGUAACACAAAGUCUAACUUAAGGACAAUAGCUGUUGAUUGGAGCCAGAGAAAGGUGUGCAACUAUGUAGAAUUUGCGAACUUCUCAUGCAGAGAAUUCAUGGAGAAAUUUUCCAGGAGAGUUGUUGGUGGAGGAUUUAGAUGCUUCCUCCAUGAAGUUCAAUCAAAACACCAGUUUAUCGAAUUGCUAUUGGCCAAAUGUUUAGAGGAUUUAGAUGAAACUGAUAUGCUGCAACAUAUGGAAGAGCAUCGGGUGUGGCUAAUGUCAAAGGAAGCUUGCAACAACACAACAGAUUUGGGUGUAAACCCAUCCAUGAUGAGUGGCAACAAAGCUGUGAAACGAAAACUUGCUUCCACUGAAGGUAGGCCUUUACCGAGGCAAAAGAAAAUUAAAGUGGCAAGUGGAGAUUACAGUGGAUUCCCAACAAAGAAAAGGAGAGUGGUUCAACCACCAAGACCCAACAAAAAACAUACUACAGGUCGAAGGACACAGAACAUGCAGAAUUCAACCACUGAACCAGUAACUGUCUUCCCAGAUAUUUGUUCAACAGAGCAGUCAUAUCAGCAUUCUCUGCAUCGUGUUGUUGAGAGGAGAGCAAUGAGGUUUGCAGAUGGUAGUCACUGGGUGUAUUGCUGCUCCUGCAAUUUGGACGAAUCAUCCAUUAUCAAGAAUGCAUCAGAAUCUCAAACUCAAGAAUACAAAGAUUUCUCAUGUUUCAAAUGCUUACAUAUCUCAGCUGUGGAGAGAAUAGCAGUUUCUUACGAUAGAGAGAAUGCCAUUGCGGUUGAGGAUGGUUUUGGCUGUCAAGAAAAGGAGGAUAGUUUGUUUGAGAUAGAUUGGGACUGCUCCUUGACUGGAGUGUAUGCUUCAUCAAGUAAUUCAUAUGGAACUGUGGGUGUUGCAAAUAAACAUCUUUGCUGCUACACCUGCAGGAGCCACACUACAUAUUGUAGUCAUGUAGAUGUAGUUCGAUCUGUUGAUACACUUCCACACUACCUUGAGGAGAUCCUCAGCAAGCAAGAUUCAGGUGACAGCAAACCAAGAAGCAGUGUGCUAAAACCACUGUCUAGCCAGACUAUAACCCUCAUCCCCUCUCAACGCCAUCAGUCACUCUUCAGAAAUGGACUAGACCUCCAAAUGGAUGGUGAUAUGCUACAACUUGAGCCAGGUUUAGAGACCAAAUGCCCAAAGUGUCAAAAUGUUGGGCUGCUAGGCCCACUCAAGCUUUGGAAAGCCUCACAGAGACUCAUACUUUGUUCAAGGAUUUUAUUUGCAAAUGUGUACAGCAGGGCGUGUCAAAUCUGCAGUGCAGAUGUAGUAUAUGAUGGUUGUGAAGAUGGUCUUCUGAAUAUGGGGUCGUUCAUUGUAACUCAUCAGAAGCUACGCUCCUACCUUUCAGCUUUUGAACAUAGCAAGAUUCCGCUACAUUCCUUUUACCAGACAUGGGUGGCAGAUAUGGUCAGCUAUGGUUACAUUGACUUUGAAAAUGUUUUCUUGUACAACCACUUUAGAUCAUCUUGGUAUGCGUUCCUCGAUCUGCUUGAACUAGACUACCAGGAGAUGUUCUCCUGCCCUAAAUGUGGAGAUACUCCUAACACCAUUGUUUGUGAUGGGACAUCUCUUUCAUUUAGAAAGGAUCUGUUCAGCUGGAGUACACUUCAACAGAAUGAUGGAAAUGCAAAGAAAAAAGGAAGUGUUAUUCAGGAUAGAGUCUUCAUUGACAAUGUUAAGGCAAGGAAACUGCUCAAAAUGUUUGCACAGUCCAAAUCAGGGAAACAGAUGGGAGAAGAUGACUACAACUCAAUGAGUCAAAUUCUGCCCCAAUGUGAUGACCAUGGCAAUGAUGUCCUGUUACUGGUACAAAGUAUUUCUUCAAUAGAAAGUCGGUAUCCACCAUCAUAUUAUGUUGAAUUCCUAAAGACAUUAUCUUCCUCUGCCCCUGUAUGUGCGACUAUUCACCCGUCAAUAGAGUUGCGCAAUCUCCUGCACCAACUUGCAGAUGGUUUGGAUGUGAAGGAGGAUAUUCUUGCCUUGACUAAACUGCAAAGAGAAAUCCCUGCACUCUAUACACUUAUUAUUGGACAGCCUGAAGCGUCUAUUCCUGAAGCAGUCAGACCUCUCCUAAGAGCAUUGCAGUACUGGUCUGAGUAUCCCUUUCGCAGUUGUGAUGGAGUGCCAGGUUCAGACAGCAUUGUGGAACGUGAGUUGGCAUAUUUUCCACGCAACCCGAUGGUUCGUGGCCGGGGGAAUUACUCCAAAGAUUCAGCCACAAAGCGAGAGAGAUGUAAGAAAAUGUACACUGGACACCAAAGUCUACUGCCUGGAAUCUUCACAGUAUUAUGUGAGCAUGGUGUAUGUCUUGGUUACGAGGUGAUGAAGAAUCAUGAAUCUCCUAACGUACCCUUUUCGAUAUUCUUGACCAGAUUCAAAACAGGAGGCACAUGGACUAUACUUACUUGA